GCUAGCAUGGAUUUGGUGCGGUUCAGUGUUCCACAGUUUUUUUUUUUCACCCUCAAAAAGAAGAGACUAACGCUUGAGCGGGUGGAGAUUGCUAUUCCAUUAAAUCCCAGUCGGGUUUUCAGGUUUUACUAGCGAACAACUUUCUUUAUCUUUUUUUCUUUUUUACCGUUGGAUUCUUAGUAGCCACUUUAAUGUCAUAAAUGACACGUCUGUGAGGUCGUCCUUGUUGGGAAGUUUUCCGAGGGGGGUUCGACCAGCAAAAGGCCAUGGCAGUCGAGGCUCGGCCGGAGCUGGUCGGAAAACGGUUCCUCUGUGUCAGCGGGGACGAGUCACCUGAAAUCGGCGAUAUUGUUCGGUUGCCAUGGAGGUCCGGGGUAAUACGAGCCGUCAGCAACCGUGACAGCACCUAUUCCGACCUGACGGUGUAUGUGGAAUUUGAUGACCAGGAGUGGGAGAAGAGGGAGUGGGUGAAGGUCUAUGAGGAUUUCCAGCUGUUUCUCCUGGAGCACCAGCUGGUCUGGGCAAAGAGGAAGGAGGGAGCAGCUGGAGGAGCCGGAGCUGCAGGCCUUUUGCAGGGAACCAAGGCCAAGCACGUCCAGUGGCCUGCACUGGUGUUUAAACCAUUGGUUGGGAAGAACCUGUUGUCUUCAGUAACAGCAGUGGAGUUCUUGCUGGACCGUCAGCGGGACUUUGUCUCUAACCAGUCAGCCUGCCAACCAUACCAGGAUGAGGUGGACAAUCAGAACCCAGUGUUAAGAGACAACCCUCAACUCCAAGAAGAAGUGAAAGGGUGGCUUAAAAACCAGAAGGUGCAGGAAAUUUUUAUGCAAGGACCCUACUCCCUCAAUGGCUACCGUGUGCGUGUGUACAGACAAGACUCGGCCACCCAAUGGUUCACUGGAAUCAUUACGCACCAUGACCUCUUCAGUAGAAAUAUGGUUGUUAUGAAUGACCAGGUGCUAGAGCCUCAGAAUGUGGACCCAUCCAUGGUGCAGAUGACCUUUCUGGAUGAUGUAGUUCACUCGUUGCUAAAAGGAGAAAACAUCGGCAUCACCUCUAGACGAAGGUCGCGAUCGAGCCAGAACAACUCUGCUCAUAUGGCAGGAGGGAGACCCGUCGGGACCACUGGCAACUCUCAGAGUCAUUACACACGAGCCCAGGCCAACAGCCCCCGUCCCAUUAUGAUGUCAUCCGGACCCAGCCCUAAGACCUCCCAGGGGCCUCUGGCCCCUCAGCAGCAGAGUCAGUCGCAGCAAACGCAGCAGACGGUCAGCCAGUCGUACCACUCACCAGGCGGCAGCGGGCGAGAGCAGAGAGAGCAGCGCGGCGGCCGCUCCUCCAGGAGGAAAGGCUCUGACAGCAGCGUUCCAGAGGAGGACAAGGACCGGAGAGAGGAAACCACUGGGAGAGAAUCUAAGGCCAAGGUAAAGCAGACUGCAAACAAACGCAGGAAAGGUGAAGAAGAUGAGAAGAAAGCAGGUCUGAAGAGACUGAAGGCUGACAUGACUUCAGAUCUGUCAGAGAGCAGUGACUCAGAAAACCCACACAAGAGGAUCACCCACUCAUCAUGCUGCUCCUCCUCUUCAUCAUCCUCGUCAUCUUCGUCCUCCUCCUCCUCUUCCUCUGAGCCUAACUCUGAGAAUGAGCUAAAGACUCGCAGCAGUGAUGUGAUAAAAAGUGCCAUUUCCAAAAUGGAGGACGAGGAGAAGCCAGUGUUAAAGGGACCCAAAAUGAACGAUACCUCGUCUUUCAUCAGGUGCUUGUCUCCGUGGGCGGAGCUCCGAGCAGCUGAGGACAUUAAGAAAAGUGCAGUAAAAGAUUCAGGUCAAAUUCUGACAAAUGAAGAGGAGGAAUUGGAGGCAGUGACUCGGAUCACCCAGUCUCCACUGCAGCAAGCGUCUCUCAUACCUGACAUGGUCCAAAGUGGAGCUGGGGAGAACACCAAGAACACUGUAAAAGCAUCAUCUCCAUCCCAGACUCCAUCACUGUCCCAGCUCCAUGGCAACAACGUGAUUGACAUUACAGACGACGCUCAGGCCACCGUACACCAGGAGAGCUCGGAGGCGGUCUCGGCGCUGCUUGCCUCCCAGAAAGACGAGUCGGUGGCCCUCUCCCCGUACCUCCCCCUAAACCCCUCCCCCGUCUCCUCACCUCCUGUACCCACAUCCCCGUCCCCACCGGAGGGGUGCCGCAGAGCGGAGGUGGACUCACUCAUGAAGCCACCGGGAGUUACUGGAGGCAGCGUUACAUUGCCCAAAAGUUUAAACGGCAAAGUGGAGUUUACCCCAGCUGAGGUCAUGAGGCCGGUCUCAUCCAUAGCUGAAACUACGCCCCUGGUGGACAAGGAGAAAACUGUUGUUUCUCCUCAUCAGCUUCAUCAUCAGCAACAGCAGCUGCAUGAGCAACAACACACACAACAGAUGCAACAAUAUACAGCUGUCCCCCAUGUAGUUCCUCUUUCUCUAUCUGAGGGUUCCAGUAAACCUCCACAGCAGCAACCCCCCCUCCACAAGACCCCCACCCCCUCCCCGGACUUGGUCAAAUCCAAAGUGAGCCCCAGCCACACAUCCAGUCCUGUUCAGAAAUCCCAACCCCCCAGCAGCUCUCACAACCAGUCGUAUCCCAACCCGAACCCAGUGGAGCCUCUUAAAGCUAAACCCCACCCAGGCCUCCUGGACAUCUCCAAACCCAAAGCAAACACUACUCCUGAGGUCAGUAAGCAUAAAGUCCUGAGGUACCCCGACUCCUCCCCAUCCCCAAGCGCUCGCUUGCCCAUCAAGGUGGACUUAGUGGAACCUCAACGCUCUGGUUUCAAGCCAGUGGGGUUGCGGUCAGAGGCGGGUGGAGUCAGUGCGAGCAGCAGCACAAAGAGUCCGCUGAUCAUCGACAAGAACGAGACCUUCACUGUUUACAGGGACCCAGCAUUAGUUCGCUCAGACUCAGAUAACUCUGUCACUCCAUCUAACUCCUCCAACCAUGUGGCAGCCUAUCUGCAUCCCCAUCUGCACCCCUUGCACCCCCCCUCUCCACACUCCCCUUGCCUAACAUCUGCAUCCCAUUCCCAUGGUGCCUCUCAUCUCCUCGCCCCUCCUCACUCCUCACCCCUCCCUCAUCCACACCUCCUGCCCCCUGGAAUGCUCCCAGCUAUGCAUCCUCCCCCAGGCUCCCUGUUUGCAGGACACCCUCGGCUGGACUCCCCAGGCGGUCUCAGCCACCUUGCCCUUCCUCACCCAGCAGCCACACAUCAGCAGCAGUUCUUGCAGGGUCAUGGUGGAGCAGCAAGUCUUAGUUUGUUCCCCAUCAUAUGGCCUUACCCUAAUGGAACGCCACCUCCAUACCCCCCAGGACUCAGCCUCCCACCAACUGCUAAAUGGGUGCACUCUGAAAAUCCCAUCACUGUGAAUUCUGAGGCGUCUUUAAGGAGGAACACUGCCAGUCCAUGGCUGCAUCAGGCUGCUGGUAGUUCCACUGAUGGUCUCGGUUUACUGAACCACAUUCCAGUCAGGCCAGCCAGCGCUGACGCUCACCGCCCCUCUGCUAAGAUCAGCACGCAUACCAACCCAUCAAUGUCAAAGACUGCCAUGGAUGUUCAUAAAGAAGAUGUGGAGAAAAAGGGUUUUGUGGAUCCCGUCAGGAAUUUAAUCUUUGCUCAAAUAAAACCAGACCAGACAGACAGAAGUCGUACUCCAACAGGAAAAGAUGUCCACCUGCACCGCCUUUACCUGGAUCCGCACAGCAAAGCCCGCCUGACAAAUACACAGGAAGUACUUCAUGUUGCAGACCGGACCAUUAAAUACAAGGAGGAGAAUCGUCAAAUCCUGAAGGAGAGCAUUGAGGUUGCACCUUUCACUGCUAAGAUUCUGCGGCCCUCUGACCCCGGGUUGGACAGGGACAGGAGCAAAGAGCCAGCAUUCCCUGUCCGGAUACCAGCUCUUGCCUCUUCAAGUCCAAAAACCAGCCACACUCACCCCCACGUCAUCCAGCCAGAAAAAAGCAGCUAUUACACCACAAUCUCAAACAGUGUUGUGAAUGAGCCUCCAAGGCUGUAUCCCUCCAAGGAGCAAAGUUCUUACUAUGACAAAGUAGUGGGGCUCAGUGUUGGGGCGGCUGUGCAAAGCCAGGGAAGUCAGUCCUUGGUUAGUUACAGCUCCAAAGCUUCUCUCUCUAAGCCUCCUCCUCUUAUAAAGCACCAACCAGAGGGAGGGGAGGGUUUAGCAGGGAAAAUUACUGAGCAGCUCAGCCAGCAGGCUACUCUUAUCCCUCAUCAACAUUUGACGAGCAUGGACAGGAAGGAUCGCCACAGUCCUGCCGCCUCCAAUACCACCUCCACGUCGUCCCCCAUGUCCUUGGUCUCCAACCAUCAUCAGCAUCAGCAACACCAGCUCAGGGCAAUGCCAUCUCUGUACCGAGCUCCUGUCUACCAUCCACCCACACAGCUGUCUUUGGAGCGCAAAGAGACGGCAGAGCGAGAGAAGGACAGAGAUAGGGACAAAGCGGGCUAUGGUGGACGUCUGUCACCCCCGACCCUCACACCCAUCCAGCCAGUCAGCUUACCAACAGCUGGCACCAAAACAUCAGCAGAGCAGCAGAAGCCUCCCACGCUGGUGCCAGAACUCAGGGAUGUUAAAGUCCAUGGAAUCGGUGCUGCCAUCACCUCAGUGGCCUCCGCUAUCAGUGGGGAUGUUAUGACAGAUGGAUGGCGUGGUAGAGAUCUGAUUCAAGAAAGAGGAAGUGUGUUCUGUAGAGACACAGAUGUGUUGAGGGGUAAGCCUCAAGCAGCAAUGGCCUCCGUCAUUGUACGUCCAACUACGUCAGUUAGGUAUGAAAGUCCAGUUGGUGCUAACAAAUCUGGUGCUACGGUGCAUAGGGAGGUUUCUAUGUCCUACCCUUCGAGGCUCCCAGGGGAAUGUCCACGUCUGAGGGAGGCUGCUCAAGAAGCUGGAGGAGGCAGAGUUAUUCAAGUCAACUCAAACAUGGACGACGUUUCUGUUCCGUAUAAAGCCACCUCCAUGCAAAGCUAUCAGGGACCUGUAGGUGUCAGCAAUACAAACUCUAUGUGCAGGUCCCCUGUUGUGUUCUCACCAGCUGUUGAUGUUCAGAAUAAACCACCAAAGUCAGGAUAUUCAGCUGAGUUUGGAAACCUUAAACCUGGUGUUGGAGGCUGGCUGCCCAGCCUCUCAGGAGAAGGUGUUGACUCGUAUUCCAUAUCACCAGGACUGUCUUUGCCUCUGACUAAUUCGGCAGCAACAGCCCUACUUGUUCAAAGCAACACCUCAGCUUCUAGUCCCAUUACUGCCUCUAACCAGCCUAACUUGUCCUCUUUUGUACAUCUCAAAAAGCACAAGGCUGCCUUGGCUGCAGCCCAGUCUAAGACCAACCUCCCUGCUGGUCCUGCAUCAUUGCCCACUGGAAACACUUCAUCAAUUGUGGAUCCAGUUGAAAAGACACCCAGUCACAGCUCCACCCCUCCACCCUGUACUAGCGGAGUCUCCUCAGGUGAGAUUAGUAACACCAGCUGUGCACCUGGUAGCACAACACCAGGCACAUCCAGUCCGUUACCUAAUGGCCAGUCCUCCGGAUCGACCUCGCUGGGUUCAGCACAGCCCAGUAACUACCACAAGCUGAAGAAAGCCUGGUUAACGCGACACUCUGAGGAGGACAAGACUUCUACGACGGCCUCCUCUAACACGAAAGCAGAGAAGCUGCUCACCACCACAACCAGCAUGUGCAACACUACAGCCAUGUCAGAUAUGAUCAAGCCCUGUACGGUCAAUCUCAGUGCCUCCACUUCCAGUGAGGUGGACAUGAACAAAGACAUUGGAAGCAAAGGUGAACGAAACCUGGAGGGGAAGAAUGCUGGAUCAACAGGUGGAGGUGGAGAGGAAAAGAAAUCCAGUCAUCUCUCAAGGCGAGCGUUCAAACGUUCUUAUGACUCUGGGUCAGAAAGUGGAGGAGACGACUCUGACACCAGUGAAAGCAAGAUGGAGGGCAGAGCAAAGCGCCAGUCUAAACCAACCUAUAAGAAGAAGCAGAAUGACAUGGCCAAAAGGAAAGGAGACCAUGAGAAGGACGAUGAAGAUGUGAAGCCCAACGGCAUCUUUCGAUCAGCUCGUGAGAAAACCAAGCUUAAACUGGCAAGCAGCAAUGGCAUCCCUCGUUCUGUGCUGAAAGACUGGAGGAGAGUGAAGAAGCUCAAACAGACAGGGGAGUCCUUUCUGCAGGAUGACUCGUGUUCAGAAAUUGGACCUAACCUCCAGAAGUGUCGAGAGUGCCGGGUCGUCCGCAGUAAAAAGGGGGAGGAGCCAGCCCAUUCCCCCGUCUUCUGCCGGUUCUACUAUUUCAGACGGCUUUCCUUCAGCAAAAAUGGAGUCAUUCGAAUGGAUGGCUUCUCCACCCCAGACCAGUUUGACGAAGAGGCCCUGGCCUUAUGGGUCCCUGGGCCCCUGGAGGACAGCCACUUGGACCAGACCACUGCCAAGUACAUCCUCAGCUACAUAGGAGAUAAGUUCUGUCAGAUGGUGAUGACUGAAAACACUGCAGCCAGCUGGAUCAAGAAGGAUGCGAAGCUAGCAUGGAAGCGGGCCGUGAGAGGGGUUAGAGAGAUGUGUGACGCUUGUGAAGCAACACUCUUUAACAUCCACUGGGUCUGCCAGAAAUGUGGCUUUGUGGUCUGCCUCGACUGUUACAAAGCCAAGGAGAGAAGGAGUUGCAAAGAUAAAGAGCUGUAUGGCUGGUUGAAGUGUGUUAAAGGUCAACCUCAUGACCAUAAGCAUCUCAUGCCAACACAGAUCAUCCCUGGCAAAGUGUUAACAGAGCUGGUGACCUCCAUUCACUCCCUGAGAGACAAAAGCAACAUCCCGUUUAAAUGUCCGUGUUGCACCAAACAGAACGUCCUCACCAAGCUCCCAGCAACUAAUGGAGUGUCACAGGUCCUGCAGAACGUGCUGAACCACAGUAACAAGCUGUCUCUGGUGAAGGCUGAGCCCGGCUCCCAGCAGAACCCAGAGGACAGAGGAGCCAAGGCAGAAACCAACGGAGGACAUGGGGGGGGCAGCAGUCCUGACAGUGACCAUGACAGUACACCUGUCACCCCACCUGAGUCUCAGUCCCCACUUCACUUCCUGGCUGACCUUGCAGAGCAGAAAUCCAGGGAGGAAAAGAAAGAAAACAAGCAGUCAGUGGUGCCAGGUAAAUGUGUGAAAGAGGAGAAAGACGGGGAAGGGGUCUUGCAGCAGUGUAAAAACCCAUCUCUGGUGGCUAACAGCACAGAGCAGGGCUCCACGCUCAGAGACCUGCUCACCACCACUGCAGGAAAGCUCAAGCUGGGUUCUACUGAUGCAGGAAUUGCCUUUGCACCCGUUUACUCUACUGCUGCACAGACUGGAAAGGAUGGUCGGACCAUGCCAAACAUCCUGGAUGACAUCAUUGCUUCAGUGGUAGAGAAUAAAAUCCCUGCCAGCCGCCAGAGCAUCACCACCAAGCUGUCAACCAAGCAGGAUCACAUGACCCCUAGCAACAACAGCAACCCCUCCCCCGUUGGUACGGACGACACCAAAGCACAAAGGAAGAAGUCAGCCACUGUGCCUGCAGUGGUGCUGGAGGAUUCCACCAAUCAGUACCCAGACAUUCCUCACUCGUGGCUAAACAACAGGCGGCUGCUGUGGCUCAAAGAUCACCGCAAUCAGAACAACUGGAAGCUGUUCAGAGAGUGCUGGAAACAAGGACAGCCUGUUUUGGUGUCGGGGAUCCAUAAGCGACUGAAUGUCAACUUGUGGAAGGCCGACUCCUUUAACCAGGAGUUUGCAGACCACCAGGGAGACCUCCUCAACUGCAAAGACCAGGUGGUGUCCAACUCUGGAAUAAAGGAGUUCUGGGAUGGAUUUGAAGACAUUACCAAGCGACCAAAGUCCAAAGACGGUGAAGCCAUGGUCUACCGGCUGAAGGACUGGCCGUCUGGGGAGGAGUUCAUGGCUCUGAUGCCAUCAAGGUAUGACGACCUGAUGAAGAACCUUCCUUUGCCAGAGUAUUCGGAUCCAGAAGGGAGCCUCAACCUCGCCUCACACCUGCCAUCUUUUUUUGUCAGGCCUGACCUCGGGCCAAGACUAUGUUGUGCAUAUGGCGUAGCUGCGUCUCAGGAUCAAGACUUUGGAACUGCCAACCUCCAUGUUGAAGUAUCAGAUGUGGUUUCUGUCCUGGUUUAUGUCGGAGUGGCGAAAGGGAACGGAGUCCUAUCCAAAACUGGAGUGUUGAAGCGUCUUGAGGAGGAAGAUUUAGACGAGGGCGUUCGAAGGCGGCUGAAGGACUCCAGUGAGGUACCUGGAGCGCUGUGGCACAUCUACCUCAACAGAGACAUGGACAAAGUCCGGGAAUUUCUGCACAAGCUGUGUAAGGAGCAAGGUAUAGAUGUGUGUCUGGACCAGGACCCAAUCAGAGAGCAGAGCUGGUACCUGAGCAGGAAGCAGCGCCAGCGACUCCUGGAUGAGCACGGAGUUCAAGGCUGGACUGUUGUUCAGUUCCUGGGAGACUCGGUCCUCAUCCCUGCAGGGGCCAUGCACCAGGUCCAGAAUCUUCACAGCUGUGUCCAAGUCAUCAAUGACUUUGUGUCUCCUGAGCAUGUGGGCAGGUCCUUCCACCUGACCCAGGAGCUGCGUGCCAACAAAGAGGAGGUCAACUAUGAGGAUAAGCUGCAGGUGAAGAAUAUCUUGUACCACUGUGUGAAGGAGGUGGUGAGCUCACUGAAGAGGAAUAACUCUGACAUAGAUCUGAAGGAAGAGAAUUCAUGACACCUAGUUAACCUCCACCGUGCUAUCCAAAACGACCUCCGACCUUCGCCGGUCUUCAGCCUCACCCUCCUCAUCAUGUGCUGAAGGUGGUCUGCUCAAAGCUGCUCCCAUGACGCUGGAGGCUCUGCACUGUCAGACCCAAUCUAGUGGCCAACUCCAAACCCAGCUGAGUCCAUGUUCUGUUGAGCCAAACGGAGAGUCAGGACCAGAGUGCCUGCUGGACCCAUGAGACUGAAGCUUCACUGCCUGGAACCAGAGCAGAGAUGGCUGCAGGACACCAAGGACCGCUGGAGGAACUCUGACCUCCUUGGCCUGUUCUUGGCUUGCUGCAUCAGUGACAGACUGAGCCUCUGUAGGAACUGCUGAGGACAGGCUCACUUUAAUCUGCUUGUGGUUUCUGGGAAGGAAGAUUUUGCUGAUCUCAGUAGCAUCACCAGCAGCAUCAGGAGCAAAACACAAAAUCUCAGAGGCUCCAGAAAAUCAAGGAGUAAAAACAGAAGACAAGAGAGAACCAGGAGAUUAAGGAUGCUUCAUUCAGCAGCUUCAGCAGCUUCUUUUCUUUCCCUUCUUUUCUCUCCAAUUUGUCCGUGUCUUUUGUUUUCUAGACGUUCUCGUCUGUGUUCUCUGUUCUCGGUUUUCUUUUUCAAACUGUUGUUUCUUCCUCUGCAGAGACGUUCCAGCUCUGAAAAUGCAAUGAAGAAGAGAGACUUCAUGUAAAUGUGAGCUGUAUAGUUCUUUUCUUUUACUUUGUGGUUUCAGUUGUUAUGAUCUCUACUGUGAUGGAGGACACACACACGCACACACACAGGCUAAUGCCUGCGACUUUGGGAAAUAUUGACACUCUCCAGUCCUCAUGCCAUAAAUCUAUUUUCUGCAAAUGAACUGCCAAGCUGUUGUUCAGACUGUAAAGUUGUAUUAUGUAAAAAAAAAAAAAAAAAAAAAAAAAGACUUCUACACAACAGUUUAUGAAAACAAAA